AUGAACAGAGAACACAGUCGUGUGAAUCAGAAGCGCAUUUUAGUAGGAGCAGCAGGUCCACCAUCAAUGAUGAGAGGAAGGAACCAUCGAAAUGAUUAGCUGAUCCAACCAAUUCCCACCAUUCUCAGAUGACAAGCGUACGUUAGCAGCACCCGACUGGUUCUGUUUCUUCUAAUGUUCCACACCCCACAACAAAACUAGUUAGUAGUUACCCACGAUCUAUUUCCAUAUUGGGUCGCAAUAUCUCACCUUAAAUUCACCAAAGUCGCAUCCUUUUCCAGAAAGAGAGAGUGGGCAAUGGUGGAAUGAGGAUAAAAGGGGAAGAGAAGAAGAAGAAGGGAGGGAAAUGGCGAGAGAGGAGUGGAGGCUUCAACUUCACCAAAGAGCGAACUCGAUUUGUUCCUACAAGAAAAUCACUCUUCUGAUUUGCUUUCUCAACAUUGUUGUUGCUCUCUACUCUCUUCGCUCUCUCUAUGCUUCUCUCUCUAUUUACUCUGGCAGCGUUGCACGAAACAUUGUGGUGUAUAGGCCAGAUCAGAUCCGGAAGAUGGAAGAGUCUAACCGAAUCCGGAAGGCAUACAAACCAGUGGAGUUGAUGAAAUUGGUGAAGGAAUUUGAAGGUGAGUUUUCAAGAGAAAAUGUGGUGGUUGAGUUGCCGCGGCAUUUGAAACAGAAAAUAAGUGAUGAGGUCUCGCAGAGACUAGGGAGCUUGAAUGAAAGUAGCAAAAACAUCUUUCACCCCCAGGUCAUGGCUAAGGAGCGAGAAGCAAUUGAAAAUUGGCGCAAGGAAAAAUUGGAGGAGGUUAAGUUGGCUGUUGUCAGAGGGACUUCCAACUCAACCAUUCCCCAUGAAGAGGCAGGAAUGCUAGUAAGAGCUUUGGAGUCUGAUUGGGAUGUGCUUUCUGAAGAAAUUGGCCUUUGGAUACCUAUUCAGGUUGCUAAUGAAGAACAUAAUGACAAACCUGAGAGCACAACAGAGAUAGAGGAGGAAGUUCUUCCCGGCAGGCCCCUUCAACCUGAAUGCAAUCCUGAACUUCAUACGGACUAUGAUGGCACUGCAGUAAGAUGGGGUCUUACUCAUCACAAAGAUAGUGCAGCUGAUUGCUGUCAGGCUUGCUUAGACCAGGCCAAACAUGCCAAAGAAGGUGAAAAUAAAUGCAAUAUUUGGGUUUAUUGCCCAUCACAAUUUGGGUGUCAUUCACCAGAUAUCUAUCAACACAAACAUCGGGAAUGCUGGCUGAAAUAUGCUGAGAAAUCCAAACUAAAUUUUAAGGAUAGAUAUCCUGAAUGGUAUCGAAAUUCACACCCAUCUGCACCGGUGAUCGUUCCAUGGGCAUCUGGAGUUGUCAGUGCAUGAGAUAAACAACCAAUGCCACAGAUAACAUGAUCAACCCGAGUCCAGACCUACCUUGUAGAUUGCAGGCACGCAAAGCUCGCUUUGGCAAAGCCUUUGUCAUGCUUUGUGGGUUAUACUGUUGUUCUUCAACAUGUUUUUGCCUUUGCGAUGAAUGGUUGAAAUGGGGAGCAAAGAAUUCCUCCUAAUGGUCAUUUACUCAUUUAAGACUUGGUUUCCAUCCAAGUGCCAAGGAUUUUUCCCUCAAGACCGGUCUAAGACUGAGGUGAGGUGAAUUAGAUUUGUUUGUUUUAAAUUCUUAGAUGAUGAUGUAAUGGGACGUUUAACCACAAAAGGCUGAGUUGGUUUCACGUUUGGGAAGCCAAGUGGUUUGGAAGAUGAAUUGUAGAUUGUUAGUCAAAUAUUUGCUUCCUUUAAAGAUGCGCUGGGAAGUGUUGUUUCCUGUUAGUCUUCUCCAAAAUGUGAAACUAUCAUGCACUAACUGAUGAGGAAAUUAUUUAGUUGUGAUGUAGCUGAAAUCAUAAUUCAUUGUAUCUGUGGGAUUUAUUAUGUUAUUGAUGUUGAUUUUUAUCAUCAAAA